UUUUUUUCCACUUUACUUACUCGUACCCAGCUCUCUCUCACACUUCUCUCCUCCACACUUGGUUCGUCGCCGGAGAUAAUGGGAGAAGGGAAGGCCUCGACUCUUGUUUUUAUCCUCGUCGUCGCUCUUAGUUUAGUCGCCUUCGGCUUCUCCAUAGCCGCCGAACGCCGCCGCAGCAUCGGAAAAUCUAUCCAAGACCCAAUAACAAACAUAACGUUCUGCGUAUAUGACUCUGAUGUAGCCACUGGAUAUGGCGUUGGAGCUUUUCUUUUCCUCCUCUCUAGUGAAUCAUUGCUUAUGGGUGUUACCAAAUGCAUGUGUUUUGGUAGACCUUUAUCCCCUGGAAGUGACCGUGCUUGGUCUAUUAUCUAUUUUAUCUCUUCUUGGAUGACAUUUCUGGUAGCAGAAGCUUGUGUAAUAGCAGGAGCGACCAAGAACGCAUACCACACUAAGUACUUAAGCUCGCAAACUUUCUCGUGUGCAUCGUUGCGUAAAGGAAUUUUCAUUGCAGGGGCAGUGUUUAUAGUUGCUACCAUGGUCCUUAAUGUCUACUACUACAUGUAUUUUACCAAGUCAGUCUCUUCACCACCUGCUCACAAAGCAAACCGUUCUGGUUCCUCCCAUAUCGGUAUGGCGGGUUAUGCAUAGAUGUCAAAAAAAGAAAACUGGUUAGUCAUUUGUAGAUUUAAGAAAAGAAAAGAGGCUGUUGCAUUGUUACAAUACUAUAUAAUUAUUUCUGCUUAGUUAUGAAAAUUUCCUGUUAUUCCUUUCAACUUAUGAGGUAAUUUUCAUUCGUGAGUAAUGCAUGUUUGUAAUCAUAUUCAUUACUAUUUUAACUACCAUAUAUAUUUGAUUGAAGGUAGUUAAAUUU